UGUUAAAUGGCCUUAAGGCCUUGUGGUGGAUUCACAAUCUCCUCUCUUCGCAACGCUUCCGCCGCCAACGACAACCUGUUCUCUUUCCUCUCCUUCUCUUCUUCUUCUUCGUCGUCUCCGGCGACGAGGAGCCUCCUUUUCUCUUCCCUCUCCUCCCUCCGUGACCUCCGUCGAUUCGCCUCCAGCGCCUCUCUUUACCGUCAACAUCUGCGCCAGCAACAGCAACAACAACAACAACAGCAACAUCAAUCUCGCGUGAAAGGUUUGGAUAAAUCGGAAACGCUGGCGCAGAAGAUCGGAAAAUCUAUCCGGCGUGCCGGUGCGCCGUCUAAGGCUAGGGUUUACGCCGAUGUCAACGUUGUUAGGCCCAAAGAUUAUUGGGAUUAUGAAUCCCUUGCUGUUCAAUGGGGUGUACAGGAUGAUUAUGAGGUGGUGAGGAAAGUAGGAAGGGGAAAAUACAGUGAGGUCUUUGAAGGCAUCCAUGCCACUGAUAACGAGAAAUGCGUUAUCAAGAUUUUGAAGCCUGUGAAGAAGAAGAAGAUCAAGAGAGAGAUUAAGAUUCUGCAGAACCUCUGCGGUGGGCCAAAUAUUGUAAAAUUGCUCGACAUUGUUAGAGAUCAGCAGUCGAAGACGCCGAGCUUGAUAUUUGAACAUGUGAACAAUAAGGAUUUUAAAGUCCUGUAUCCAACUCUCUCAGACUAUGAUGUUCGAUACUAUAUCUAUGAACUUCUAAAGGCGUUGGAUUUCUGCCAUUCGCGUGGAAUCAUGCACAGAGAUGUGAAACCGCAUAAUGUUAUGAUUGAUCACGAGCAACGGAAACUACGUUUAAUUGACUGGGGUUUGGCAGAGUUCUACCAUCCUGGGAAAGAAUACAAUGUUCGUGUUGCUUCAAGAUACUUCAAAGGUCCAGAGCUGCUGGUGGAUUUACAGGACUAUGACUAUUCCUUAGACUUGUGGAGUCUUGGGUGUAUGUUUGCUGGAAUGAUAUUCCGCAAGGAACCCUUCUUUUAUGGACAUGACAACUAUGACCAAUUGGUCAAAAUUGCAAAGGUGCUUGGCACAGACGAACUCAAUACCUAUUUAAACAGAUACCGCAUAGAAUUGGACCCUAAUCUUGCAUCCCUCGUGGGGAGACAUAGCCGGAAGCCAUGGUCGAAGUUCAUCAACUCUGAAAACCAGCACUUAGCAGUUCCUGAGGCUAUUGAUUUUGUGGAUAAAUUGCUGAAAUAUGAUCACCAAGAAAGGCCAACUGCUAAAGAAGCAAUGGCGCAUCCGUAUUUCUACCCGAUUAGGAAUGCAGAAAGUAGCCGCACCCCACGUGGCCAAUGAUCCUGAAACAUUUGCUUGUUCAAUCUCCGAUUUUCAUUUCUUUACGGAUUCAAUUUGUUUAAAAAUCGAUUUGCCCUGAUUUUCUGUCUCUCAAUUGUGUGUGUUGCUGUUUUGCUCCUCCUGAGUUCUCAGUGUUUCAACUCUUUUUUAAUUCAUUUAUAAAAUCCACAAGACGGGUUAAAGAA